UAAAAUUUUUUCUGUUUUAUCAUUAACUUGAAAACUUAACAAUAAUUUAUAAAUAAAUUAUUAUUAUUAACGUCGACGUACCUAUAUGGUUUAUGCACUGUGUUCAGUUUAUGUUAUCUAAAUGUCAGAUAACGUACAAACAUGCCGCGCGCCGUAAAAUUAUAUCAUUCUACAGCUUAUAUUAAGAAUAAUGUGCGAACACCGCAAAAUACACGUUUGGGUUGGCAGACGGCCUGACGGGUGCCGGCCGGCGCGCCGCACCGAAAUAACAAAACAGAAACUGCUUACUAUUGAACACUUGAACCAGAAAAUAAUAAGGCGUAGGUCAGUAGAGUUGAUUAGUAAAAUUUGUUCUAUCCUAUUAAUACAGACCAGGCAGUUGUAUAAAUACGAGUAGAAAUAGAAAUACUUACAAACGUACAACUAAACUAAGGUAAGAUGUUUGACUUACAUUUGAAACUGUAUAGGUAAUUAUAAUUUGUAAAUUAAACAUUAAUAUAAUCAAUAUUCAAUAGAAAAAUAUGGAAGGGCGGAAACAACCUGGAUCUUUCUGGCAUAAAAGGAAUCAAGAAAAGCAAGAAAGACAAAAUAAAAUUUUGAAAGGUAUACCCAAAAUGACAGCAUUUUUUACACCUGAUGGAAAUCAAGAAGACGACACUACAAAUAUUUCCCAACCCGGUAGUAGUUCUAGUGCUACUAGUGAUAAAUAUAUUCAUAUUCAACCACAUGAACUUAUUUUGGAGACUUCAGAAUUAGUGCCAGAGCCAGAGCACUUAGUAUCACCUGUUUCAAAAGUAUUAGAAUAUGAAGAAGCAACCACCAGUAACUCGGAUCCAAAACAGGAUUUACUUAAUUUUAAAGAUCCGGCACUUUGGCAAGAUUCCCAUAAUUAUGCAGAAAUAAUUCUAGAAAAAUGGGUCGAACAGAAUCUUACAGAUAUGGACUUUUCAAUGUCAAAAAGAAAUUUCGGGGAACAACACAGGUAUGCCGGUAAGCAAAUAUUUUAUAAAAGACUUGUUAAUGGAGAAGUGGUUCGCCGCGAUUGGGCAAUUUACUCCGAGAGCACUGGCAAUAUAUUUUGUCUUUUUUGUGUAUUAUUUGGAAAUAAAAAGAACCAAUUUAAAACAGGAUUUUCAUUAUGGAAUAAAAGUAAGGAAAGAUUAGACGAACAUGAAAGAUCCAAUGAUCAUAUAGAUAAUCUGAAAAUGUAUAUGACUCGCUUAUUAAAGCAAGGAAGAGUUGAUGUAGAACUCGAAAAGGAAAUUAGCACUGCGAAAGAAUAUUGGGUGAAAGUACUAGAAAGAAUCAUAAGUGUAAUAAAGUUUCUGGCUACCAGGGAAUUGGCAUUUAGAGGUACUCAUGAAAUAAUUAGCGAAAAACGGAAUGGAGACUACUUAGGUUUACUGGAACUAUUGUCAGAAUAUGAUCCAUUUUUGAAAGAUCAUAUUAAUAAACGAGCAAAUUUAGGUAAGGGCAAAACGUCAUAUCUAUCAAAAGAUAUAUGUAACGAAUUACUGAAUAUUUUAUCCAAUCGAGUCAUUGAUGAAAUUGUGAGACAAAUUAAGGCAAACAAAUACUAUUCUAUAAGAGUAGAUUCAACACCUGACAUAACACACCAUGACCAACUUACAGUGAUUUUGAAAUAUUGUGACAAUAAAGGGAAUCCCGUGGAAAGAUUCGUGGGAUUUUAUAAAAACACUGGGCAUAGCUCACAACAACUUGAGGAAACAGUUAUUGGGAUGUUAGAGUCUUUGAAAUUAGAUAUUAAGAACUGUAGAGGCCAGUCUUACGACAAUGCCAGUAAUAUGAGUGGAAAGUAUUCUGGUUUGCAAGAACGAAUUAAAGCUUACAAUGAUUUAGCUAUCUUUGUGCCGUGUGCUGCUCACUCUUUAAAUUUGGUUGUCCAAAAUGCAGCAGAUUGUUGUUUGGAAGCAACAUUUUUUUUUAUGUUGGUACAAGCUAUCUACAAUUUUUUUCCGUGUCUACACAUAGGUGGGAGUUAUUGUCUCGUGCAAUAAAGGAUUCGGCUGAGUCGGGGCAGACACUGUUACCUAAGAGAGUGAAUACAACCCGUUGGUCUUCUCGUUUUAAUGCCGUAAAAGCGUUAAAAAGCAAUUACGGUUUGAUUAAAACAUGUUUGAUUGGAAUAUCAACGGAUAUAAAUGAGAAAAACAUAGUAAGAGUUGAAGCAGCUUCUCUAUCGGAAAAACUUUAUUUGUUGGA